AUGUCUACACUGCCUCCAACAGAGUUGCAAAAAACUGGGAGCAAACGAAAACGAGCUCCUAAAGAACAAGACAAGGAGCUUCAUACUGAAUUCAAGCCUGCCAAAGCUCCAAGAAUCGAUUCUGCCAAUCAUCAAAAGUUAGAAAAGAAGAGCGGCACCGCAUCGAAAUCAUCAGCCGCAUCUGUCGCAUCCACCGUCACCCUACCAACUCCACCACAAACCGUCAAAGUCGUCGAUUUCUGGUUUGACGAUAUACCAGAAGAAGACUUGAAGCUAGCGUAUGGGAGUAGCGUAUCCCUCGAGCUCGUCAAAUCAGGCUCUCAAGUCAUUGUCAAAAUGAAUGGAUCUAAACAGGCUGAUGACGAUACCAAGGACGUAAAGAGUCAAAACGUUGAUGAGGAUGCAGAUGCCACGGGACUCAAAUCCAAAAAGAAGCCUAAAAAGGAGCUACCACCUCCUAUAGUGUAUAUAUCAAAAGAUCUCGUGUUGCAAAAGGAGGUUGCUCCAGUCCCAGCGUCGCGUCAAAAAGUUGGAAAAUACAUAGCAAUGGAUUGUGAAAUGGUUGGAAUUGGACCAGCUGGUCUCGUAUCAGCCUUGGCUCGUGUCAGCAUAAUCAAUUUCCAUGGUCAUGUUGUUUUGGAUACUUUUGUCAAACCUAUUGAGCAAGUUACGGAUUUUCGAACUCAUGUUAGUGGUGUUACACCUGCUCUCUUGCAUCAAGGCAUAACGUUCAAGGAAGCUCAAGACUUAGUGGCUUCCAUUCUGAAAGAUCGAACUGUAGUAGGGCACGCAAUCAAGAACGAUUUCCAGGCAUUAUUACUAGACCACCCCCGGAAACUCAUUCGGGAUACUCAGCUAUACAAACCAUUCCAACGAGCAGUGGAUAGCAAGAAACCUGCUCUGAAAAGACUAGCAGCUCAGAUAUUGAAUAUUAGCAUUCAGGAAGGCUCUCAUUCAUCAGUAGAAGAUGCACGAGUGGCCAUGCUCUUGUAUCAAAUGCAUCGUGUCGAGUGGGAACGUCGUCUCGCUACGAGAUUCAUGUGA